AACCAGCUAGCAUGAUUACACACAGGAUGUGCUGGGCAUGAAGUGACUUCAGCAGAAAGAGAAGGAAGACAACAGCAACACUUGUUAAUCGCACACACUCCUCUUCACACUUUAUUUUCUGCUCAGUUGUCAGACACAAGAGUCUAAAAGUCACGUUUGUAUAUAGAAUCUUUAUAGAAGAAUGAUGUCCCUUAAACCAUCUUCUCUGUCUGAUCUUUGUCCUCAUGAUCACAGCUCUUGGGAAUAAAUGGAGUGUGAAAUACAGCCAACUUAGUCUCUGUGCUUUAAAAGGAUCUACAGUGAUUAUGAACGUCACUUACACACACCCACCAGGUCUUACAGUGACAAAGAGGUUUUGGGUAAUAAACCCAAUUAAGGGUAAAGAGUGGACUGAUCUGUAUAAUGAACCACGUUACUCAGGAAGAGUGAUGUAUUUAACAGAUGUACAGAAUCACUUCCCCCUCAGACUGAGUGAUGUGAAGAAAACAGAUGAACAGAUGUACUACUUCAUAAUCAGAACAAAUGAAGGGAAAGAAAGAUACCUGUGUAAACCUGGAGUUACAGUCAGUGUUACAGAUCUUGAUCUUCAGAUCGCUCCUGCAGAAGUGACAGAAGGACAAUCAGUCGUUCUGACCUGUAAAACCACCUGCAAUCUGACUGAUCCAACAUUCAUCUGGUACAAAAACAGCAGAAAUUUAAUCACAAAUACAAAGAAGAACAAUGAAGUCCAUCUGCAGUCGGUCAGCAGUGAGGAUGCAGGCAGUUAUAGCUGUGCUGUAAGAGGAUAUGAACAUCUCCACUCUCCUGAUCAAACUCUCAGAGUUAGAUAUCGUCCAAAGAAUGUCUCAGUGUCCAUCAGUCCCUCUGGUGAGAUAGUGGAGGGCAGUUCAGUGACUCUGACCUGUAGCAGUGAUGCUAACCCACCUGUACAGAGCUACACCUGGUUUAAGGUGAAUGAAUCAUCACCUGUAGGAUCUGGACAGAGUUACAGAGCUGUACCGAGUGGACAGUAUUACUGUGAGGCUCAGAAUAAACACGGCUCUGAGAGAUCAGCUGCAGUGUCUGUCACUAUUAAUGCAGGUACUGUGAUUGUGAUUGUGUAUGUGUCUGUUGGACUUGGACUUUUUGGGCUUGCAGCUUUCCUCUCUGCACUUUUCUGGCUGAGAAGCAAGAGACAGAAGAAGAAGGUAGAUAAAGGUGACAAUCAGAACACUGGGCCGAGUGCUAAAGAUGACACGUAUGCAGCUCUAGACUCCACAAGCCAGGCAGUUGAUGAUGUGUAUCACACACUUGCAAUUUUUCAUCCCAGUCCUCCUGCUGACUUGCCCACAUCCUCUGACUAUGAGAAUAUUGCAGUGAGCAUUUUGAUCCCAAAACCACCACUAGAUUAAAUACUAAUUUAAUAAUAAAUGUUUUAUAUGAAAAUGUGCUACAAUACAAUGAGGCUGACUCUGUGUGAAUCCUGAGACAUCUAGAGAUCUACCAGCUCCAGUUAGACUUUUACAUCAAUACAACAUUUGCUUGCCUGUAGAUUUAUAAUCACACCCCCAGUGUCACCCAGAUGAGGAUGAGGUUCCCCUUUGAGUCUGGUUCCUCUCAAGGUUUCUUCAUUUACCAUCUAAGGGAGUUUUUCCUCCCCACAGUCACCUGAGUCACCUCAGACUUGCUCAUU